AUGUCUUUCCUACCCAAUCAAUCUCCAGAACUAUUAAAUUAUCCAAUAAUCAAGAAUCCGAUCAACGUUACAAGAAUCUCAACAUUAAUCCAACCGUAUAUCGAGAUGACCCGUAUACACAAAAUCGAAGCCGAUUCAGAUUCUCUAAAGUCGUAUUCAAAUAUUCUAGGGGGACGUACUCCAAAUUAUUCACAAUCAGGUGAAUCGAGUAGUUUCAAAAGACCAAAAGAUUAUGAAAUAUCAGAUUUAAUUCAAGUGUCUACACUUGGAUCUGAUUGGGCACCAGAUGAAGGUAGAAACGAUAAAGAUUGA